AUGGCCGGCUCGAAGGGAAAGGUCUGCUUGGCGUACUCGGGAGGACUCGACACAAGCACGAUUCUGGCGUGGCUCCUUGAGCAAGGUUACUCUGUCGUACUGGGCUGCCGUCGAGAAGAAGGGUCAGUUGCGAUCCCCAGUCCCACCCUGGCCAUAGACGAGGACGAAACACAACGAUCUCGAAUCAACUUUGGCAUUGCUGUUUCUCCGCUAACCAAGUACAUGCGCCAUACAGCUCUCCAGAUUGGUGCCGAGAAGGCAUCGCGAGUUCGUCGAGGAGCUUUGCUGGAAGGCCGUCCAGUGCGUACGUACUAUUCCCCUCGAUCCCGCCGUCAGUUCCCUCGACUCACCGUACAACAGAACGCCAUCUACGAGGACCAGUACCUCCUCGGCACCUCCUUGGCCCGUCCCAUCAUCGCUCGUGGUCAGAUGAAGGCUGCCGCCGCCACCGGCUGCCAGUUCGUCUCACACGGCUGCACCGGCAAGGGCAACGACCAGAUCCGCUUCGAGUUUGCCUUCUACACGAUCAACCCUGAGAUCAAGGUCAUCGCACCGUGGAGAGAUCCCACCUUCUACAACCGCUUCCAGGGCCGCAACGACCUCCUCGACUACGCUGCCGAGAAGGGCAUUCCCGUCACCAGCACCAAGGCCAAGCCUUACUCCAUGGAUGACAACUUUGCCCACUGCUCGUAUGAGGCUGGCAUGCUCGAGGAUCCCAAUGUCACUCCCCCGGAGGACAUGUGGACCCGGACCGUCUCUCCCCUCAAGGCGCCCGACACCCCUCUCGACAUCACCAUCCACUUCAGCAAGGGUCUCCCCGUCAAGGUGGUCACCCCCUCCAAGACCGUCACCGACUCGGUCGAGCUCUUUGGCCUCCUCAACGACCUUGGCAAGGAGCACGGCGUCGGCCGCGUUGACAUCGUAGAGAACCGCUUCAUCGGUCUCAAGUCGCGAGGCUGCUACGACUCGCCCGGCAUGACCAUCCUGCGCCUCGCGCACAUCUCGCUCGAGGGCCUCGUCCUCGACGGCCGCGUCCGCGCUCUCCGCGACAACUUGAGCAAGCAGUGGUCCGAGCUGCUCUACAACGGCUACUACUUCAGCCCCGAGCGCGAGUUCCUGCAGCCCAGCCUCGACCACGCGCAGCUGCGCGUCAACGGGGAGGUCCGCCUCCGGCUGUACAAGGGCCACGCCUACUGCCUCGGCCGCACCUCGCCCGAGAAGCUCUACUCUGAGGAGGACGCCUCCAUGGACUCGCUUACCACCUUUGACCCGUCCGAGACGUCUGGCUUCGUCACCAUCAACGCCAUUCGCCUCAAGAAGUACGGUCUCCAGAAGGCCGAGGCCGGCGAGAAGUUCUAA